AGGGGCUUGCAGCAUGGGCCUGUGCGAGGACUCAAGCGCAAAGCGAACACACCGCUCGAAGGAAGCUGAACCCAGGAGCAGACCGCCGCCGUCUCGAACAUCUCAGGAGGGCCGUACGUUUGCUGUUGGCUAUGUGGGUAAGCGACGGCUCCAUAGUCGCGUGAGACGCGCCUCCAGCAGCAACGAAGAGCGUGAAGGCAAAGGAAGGUUUUACAUCGGCAAUCCUAUACAUUUACGCACGGCGGGCGAUGUAGGGAGAGGUCUACUCCACAAUCGCGUUGAGCAGCGACCGGAUUCAGAGGAAGACAAUAUAGACAAAUGGCCAGGAUAUAUUGGGGAGCGUGUGCAUCGGUAUUUACGUCAAAUUUGCGCUCAUAAGCAGCUAGCUAAGAUUGGCAGCGUUCUGAGCAGGAGGUUCAAGCGGCGCCGCGUAACGGUUGUCACCAGUGACGAAGAUGAGCUGCCGGAGACCACGAACGACUCCAAUAUCUUCGUGGAUCAGCCUGUCGGACCUCCGGAUAGUCGCACUUCGGCAACUCCUGAGGCAGGAGAUGUAUGCUAUGUCGCGCGAGAGGAUGAAGAAGAUGAGGACGAACACUUGAUUGUGCAAGGAGAAACCGCUCCUGAGGCUGUAGACCUGGAAAAAGACGACGUGCCGAUGCGCAUGCUCAAGGAUUUUUCCAUCUACGAUUUUUCCUUCAACCUGCCACUGGUUUACUUCGACCGAAACUUGUGCUUGGAUACGAACCGAACAUUGGGCGCAUCAGGUUAUGUUGAGCCUUACAUGGGGUCGGACAAUGACUCUAGCGAGGAAGCAAGUGCGGAUGGUGAUCGUCAGCUCCAGCGCAUAUGCAUAUCUAAUAUCAAAGAGAUAUGUGUACACGCUGUGUGCGAAAAGCCAGUCUUUGAGCUCGACCCGAAUGUAUACAUCAGAACUGACUAUGCCUGGUACAUACUAGACACUCCGUCUCCACAGUACGCUCCGUUCUGGACCGAGUUCUCCAUCAAAGAACGCAUAUUCUAUGAGCUCAUAACUGCAGCUCUGGGCGACCAUGGGAUCACAUACGAAGAAUUCGUGGACCACCUCAAAGAACAAGACGAUACUGAUCGGCCUAUCACAGAAGAAGACCUCCGGGAUGACUCAGUGCGUAACUACCUGCAGUAUUCGUUCAACGAGCUGCAGCGCGAGUGUCAAGAGGGGCAUUCUCGUAUCUGCGCUCGUUUGUUAAGGGCUCCGGCCGUCCAACAUCUGGUACUGCCGCCGCGUCAGCCCUCGCCCAGCGUGUCUCCUGAAGCUUCCGGCUCCACGAUAAGAGAACCAUCCGUCGAGACGGGACGCUCACCUUCGCCGUCUCUCCAGAAGUCUAUCACGCCGAAAGAGCAGCCCGAGGCAACGGUCGUUACGCCACGUGUGUACGAGAUCUGCAAAGACCUCUACCCCCUUAAUGACUUCGAUAUCGUUGGUACCAACAACCGGGCGCGAGUCAAGCUCACAGAUGGCGAACAGCGGCGGCAUCCUGUCCACAAGAGCGAUCCGGAGAGUAUCGCCUGGGUUCAAGAAAGCAGGACAGUGCCGUAUCACUUCAAGUCUGUCAUGAUCGACGGCGUGCGAUACGAUGUUGGUGACACGAUCAUGGUCGAGCCUGGAGAAGACGACAACAAGGCGCGCGCACAGAACAACGGGAUUCAGAGUAGCAAUCCGAUGGCAGAGUCAAAAUGGUUCGCGAAGAUAUGCUAUAUGUACGAGGAGCCCAACACCAUCGGCUAUCAGAUGGCCCACGUACAAUAUUACUCACACGGCGCAGAGAUUAUUCUCAAGGAGACAGCCCACCCGUUCGGCUUAUUCUUGCUAGAUGAGUGUAACAGCAUUCACCUCGACUCCAUAUACGGAAAGGUCAACCUUCGAAUCUUGGGCCCAACGGAAGACGAGCCGCUCAUUGAAGAAAGAGAUAACCUGUAUUUCACGGGGGUAUGUUGGGACGCCAAUAAUGCUAUUUUCUUCGAUCGUACGUCCGAGGAAGAAGAACGCGCUCGCCUUCUACAAGGCGAUGACGACGGAUGGGCGAUCCACGAUGGUAUCCUUGUGCACGGCGGCGUGACAUACCAUGUCGACGACUUCGUAUACAUACGACAAGAGCUGGACAAGACGGAUGUCUAUCUCAUCGCGCAGAUUAUAGAGGUUCACCGAAGUACCCAUCUUGAAAAGCUCUACCAUUCGGUCGACCUCAGGGUCUAUCAGCGGUGUGAUCUGAUCCUGCGUGCGGAGACAAGGGCAGAAUUUGGGUUAUGGGAGACGGACGAGCGCCGCCUAUUCCGCAGCGAUACUUAUGUUGACGGCGUCGAUGUGCGCUACAUCGAGGGGAAGGCGUUCGUUGUGCACCGUUCUUCUCUGUCCGACGACGAGCUUGAGAAUUGGUGCACACAUGACGAUCACUUCUAUGUCGACUGCAAAGCGAAGUCAGACAAACCCCGCUCCUCAAAUGAGUUUGAGCCCCUCUCGCGCAAGUCAUUCCGCACAUGCCACAAGUGUGUUGGGCUACGGAAAGAGCAGCUCACUGAGCAGCAGGAGCUCAUGGAUAGUCACUCUCCGUUACGUGGGCUGGAGCUCUUCGCCGGUGCAGGUGGCUUGUCGACCGGCUUCGACGAGAGUGGUUAUGUGAAGACAAUGUGGGCGGUCGAGCUUGGUGCAAGUGCGUGUUUGACGUACGAGGAAAAUCAUCCGUACGCACAAGUGUACCACGGCUCGGUGAACACAACACUGAGGCACGCCAUCGAAGCAUAUGAAGGCCAGGACCCAGAGCCCCUGAUAUCAGAAGAGCUUGGACAGGAGCUACCGCCCAUGCCCCGACCAGGAGAGGUUGACUUCAUAUAUGGUGGACCACCAUGUCAAGGUUUCUCUCGCAUGAACCAUAGUAGGACCGUGGAUGACUACAGGAACACCCUUGUAUGCAAUAUGCUCUCCUAUGUGGAGUUCUACCAUCCAAAGUUCUUCAUGCUGGAGAAUGUUGAGGGUAUCUUGUACCAUCCUUUGGCUGCAACCCAGUCAGGCCCUGGUAGAAAGAUGGAGGGUGGUGUCCGGAUGGGAGUUGUAAAGCUCAUUCUUCGCACUCUCACCAGCCUUGGAUAUCAGGUCCAUUUCAAGCUUCUCCAAGCUGGUCAAUAUGGUGCCCCUCAAUCAAGGUUGCGUGUUAUCUUCCUUGGUGCACAGCGUGGACUACCUCUGCCAAGCUUUCCUAUACCAACACACUGCACAGCAGAUGAUGUGCAGCAAAUCAAACUGGUAACAGGAAACUUGCUUAGGCCUGCUGUUCGUAUCAUUCCAUUUGAAGACAAAGAUGUGGUCAAUCGGAAGGCAUGGCUACAGUUUGCUCCACAUCUAAGGGUUUCAGUUGAGGAUGCAAUCAGUGAUUUGCCCAAAUUUGACUGGAUCAACCCAGCUCUCAUCACUGACCCAGACAAUAUCUAUGAAAUCAACAAGCGCAAAGCUGAGGGUAUUCACCGGUUUGAUGCACUCUACAUUUCAGAGAGCACACAUGGUUCUCCAUAUGCCGGCUAUGUGAAUCCUGAGCCAUACACUUCAGAGCCACUAAGCCGCUACCAGAAAUGGAUGCGCAGGGGUGUUGAUCCUGAUGAGGGUGUGUCAUACCAGUAUACCAAACGCUACAAGGAGAGUGUUAUAGAGUGUGUGGUGAAUGUGCCACUUAAGGAGAAUGCAAACCACAUAAACCUUCCCAAUGAGCUUAAGAACAAGCGAUGGUACACUGGUGGACAGAUUUCUGGGAAGCCUAAACCAGAAUACCUUACUAUCUAUGCUCGUGUGAAUGGCAAAUGGCACUUCCAGACAGCACUCACCUCUGCCAAUCCUAAUGCAAAGGGUGGUCGCCUGCUUCAUCCAACACAAAAACGUGUGCUGACCAUUCGAGAGUUUGCACGGGCACAAGGAUUUCCAGACCAACAGAAGUUUCUUUCCAUCAAGGAGAAUGCAUUUGAGGAUCAACAGCGCCAAGUUGGCAAUGCAGUUCCUGUGCCACUUGCAUUUGCCCUCGGCAAGUCAAUUGGUGCUGUUUUAACCUCAAUGUGGACAGAUGAUGAUGAAAGGAGACACAGGGAACAGAGCCCUGAGGUUCCUGUGUUCCUUGGCUAAUCUACUACAUAAGUAUACAUGAUUUUUGGUUUUCUACCAAUACUUGUAUAUUGCACUAUCUGCAAACAUAUCCACCCUAGCCAAUUUCACAUACUUGAGGCAUUAUGCCUAUGCUUGUUCAUCCCUAGCAAUGAUCACUUGCACACGUUGCAGCUUGCCCUCGUUGCCGGUGCCAGGCUCAAUGUCCUUGUCAACGCGUGUGCCUAUCCGGAUGUCGGUCGCAAUGCGAGGCGCACCCUUCACGUGAACUGCAGUGUGGCAGUCAUGGAUGACCUUCAUUACUUCUGACCAUGGGCCCUCUACAAAGUUGCGACGAACCCGGCGCUUUGAACACGAAUUAAACGAGCAGCAAGAGGCAUGUCAACACACCGAGAUUAGUCCCGUAUCCGCUGCGUAGAGUAUAGAUAGGUAUGCAGAGCCCCUCACAUAUCACACAAGACUAUACGGCACUUACUGCAUCUGAUGUACGGUCAUAUUAACAUCGACUCUCGUGAUCAACAGUGGGAAAGGACUGGCCUGAUGUUUUAAGCCUGACUUCUGAAGAAUGCGGGCGCAUUCCGCUAUGUAUUCAGCGACCUAUGCACAAGAAUAUUCGUCGGUCGUGCGAGACUCAGGCGGGUUCACGACCCACGGAAGGUUCCCCGGUGCCCAUGGGUAUGAGACAGAAAUCUACGGCAAUUAGCUGAGCGAUACAGAUAGAUGCACAGGCACCGAGCCUGACCUGCUACGGCAUACAGAUCCUGGUCGUUUGAAGAUGCCAUGAAUAUUGAAUAUUGAGUAUUGAGAGAGAUGGUCGAGAAGGGUAAGCAGCC